AUGGCCCUGAAGCGCAUCAAGAAGGAGCUAGAAGACAUCAGCCGCGACCCGCCGGCCAACUGUUCGGCGGGCCCCAUCGACCAUGCGGACCUGUUUAACUGGCAGGCUACCAUCAUGGGGCCGACGGAGAGUCCCUUCGAAGGCGGAGUGUUCAGGCUUAACAUCGUCUUCCCGAAGGACUACCCGUUCAAGCCUCCCAAGGUGAGCUUCGCCACCAAGAUUUACCACCCGAACAUCAGCACGCAUGGUGACAUCUGCCUGGACAUCCUGAAGUCGCAGUGGUCGCCAGCACUGUCUAUCGCCAAGGUGCUGCUUUCCAUCUGCGUGCUUAUGUGCGACCCCAACCCGGAUGACCCGUUGAUGCCUCGCGUGGCAUCCGUCUACAAGAACAACCGGAGUCUGUACGAGGCGACAGCAAGGGAGUGGACGAGGACGUACGCCAUGGAGUAG